UGGCUUGCAGCCGCCGUGUCUCCUCCCUCGCAGGGCGAAGAAAGAAGCCAGGGCGGCCCUUCCAGGAAGAGAACCGGGGGAAGAAGCAGAAGAGAGCCGCGGGUGUCCUCCGAGCGCUCCCCUCCUUUCGCUCCCUCCCCGGGCUCUGGGUGGAAGUUACUCCGGAUGGAGGCGCCCGUGUGAACAGGUUGGCUUGGAAGGAGGUAGGAGUGGAAAUGUCCAGAGGAGGAGCAGCACAUGGAACCUCCAACACUCAGGACCGGGGAUGGGCCUGGAUGGUCUUGUUGGCCACUGUGCUGCUUCAGGGGCUAACGCUGAGCUUCCCCUCUUGCACUGGGGUCUUCUUCACAGACCUGCAGCAUGAGUUCCAAGCCACCAACAGUGAGACGUCAUGGUUCCCAUCCAUCAUGACAGCAGUGCUGCAUGCAGGUGGGCCCCUCUGCAGCAUCUUGGUGGAGCGAUUUGGCUGCAGGUUCACUGUGAUGCUCGGUGGCCUACUCAGUGGAGUGGGCAUGGUUGCCAGCUCCUUCUCCAAAUCCAUCAGCCAACUCUACAUAACAGCCGGCUUCAUUACUGGCCUAGGAUUCUGUUUUGGCUUCCAGGCGGGAGUGACUGUGCUGGGCUACUACUUUGUGCGCCGACGGGCUUUGGCCAAUGCCCUAGCAUCCACCGGUACCUCCAUCGGCCUCACGCUGUGGCCAUUGAUCUCUCAGUACUUGCUGGAUGAGAUGGGCUGGAGAAACUCUUUCCUCAUCUUUGGCGGGGUGCUGUUGAACGCUUGUGUCUGUGGGGCCGUGAUGAGGCCAGUCCAGCUUGGGCCUCCCAGGUCACCGCUGCAGCCCAGCCCUGGACAGGAGGCAAUCAACUCAGCUGAAGAUGCACAGCUAUCCAACGGAGCCACCCCUCAUCAGGUGGCGCCCCCGCACCAGGCCAAGUUUGCUGCUUGCAAGCGGACGCUGCAGAAGUACCUGGCUUUUGAUAUCUUCUGUAAAAACAAAGGUUACCAGAUUUACACCAUUGGCGUGGCCUGGAUGGUGAUGGGCUUCGUGCUGCCCCUCAUCUACCUGGUGCCCUAUGCUGUCCGGAACGGGGUGGAGGAGCGCAAGGCCGCCCUCCUUAUCUCCAUCAUCGGCUUCAUUAACAUCUUCAUGCGCCCCAUGGCUGGGCUGCUCUCAGGACUCAAUAUCUUCACUGGGAAGCGGAUUUACCUGUUCAUCCUGGCCGUGCUGCUCAAUGGUCUCAGCAAUCUCAUCUGCGUCAUCUCAGCCGACUUCAGUGUGCUCAUCCUCUACUGCCUCAUCUACAGCAUGUCCAUGAGUGGCAUUGGGGCACUGAUCUUCCAGGUGCUGAUGGAUGUGGUGGAGAUGGACAGGUUCUCAAGUGCCUUAGGCCUCUUCACCAUCCUGGAGAGCAUCACCAUCCUCCUCGGACCCCCACUCGCAGGUCUUCUGGUGGAUAUAACUGGCCACUUCAGUUAUGUCUUCUAUGCCUCCAGCUUCUUCAUGGUGUCAGCUGCGCUCUUCAUGGGUCUCAGCUUCUGUGCUUUGGACAGAAAGAACAAACCAAAAGAGGCUCCAAAGCCAACCUCCAGUAGCCCCUCCGGAUACCAAUACACUGAAGUGCCAACUAACCCAGAGCUUGAAAAACAAGCCCCUCCUGCCAUCAUGUACAUCACAAGCAUCUGAAUGAAGAGGAACCCUUAGAAUUCUGUGGCCCACACAACCGCAACAUGUAGGGUAACUGGAGGCAGAUGGGGGGAAAUGCCUGCUUUCCACAAUAACACAUCUGCCUCCUGCAGUGAGUAUCUACUCAGCAGCGCUGCCUCAGUUUCCAGAUGGAAAAUCCAGAUCAGAGGCAGUGCCCAAAGCCUUGCAACAGCCAGAAAGCCAAAGAACAAGGAGCACUUCUUAUACCUGGUGCAAGCCCAUAAAGCAAGGACAGUAGUUCUGUGACUUAACGUGUGUUACUUUAAGCUAAUAUAACUAAAUUGACAGUGACUUUUUUUUUU